AUGAUUCUAAGCUAUGAGGUAAAAUCACCUGAAUUAUUAACAUUUACUAGAGUUUCUCUGGAAGAAAAGCAAAUUACAAGAGGCGUUAUUAUUGAUGUUGCUGCAGGGAGUACUUUCCUUAUUGAAUGUUAUUUUGAAUGUAGCGGAAGAAAUUUCAGUGAUGAUAAUGUUUGCUCUGGUAGAGGAAAUUGCAUUCAACAGGAUACAUGUAUUUGUAAUACAACAUACGGAUAUAAUGGAUCCGAUUGUAACGAUCCUAUCUGCUUUGGAACUUUAAGCACAAAUAGCAAGGUGUGUAGUGGUAAUGGAUAUUGCGCAAAUCCAGAUUUUUGUCAAUGCUACGGUAAUUGGGCAGGUUUUGAUUGUAGUAUUCCUAUUUGUUAUGGGAAAAUGUACAAUGAGUCAGCUGUCUGUAAUUAUCAGAAUGGUACCUGUAUUGGGAAUAAUACUUGUUCUUGUCAAUUACAAUACACAGGGGAUCAAUGUCAAUAUCCCAAAUGCUUUUCAAUUCCCUCUAACGAUUCACGGGCUUGUAAUGGUCACGGAUCUUGUAUUGGACCAAAUACCUGCUCAUGUUUGAGCGGGUAUACAGGUCAAGAGUGUCAAUAUCCAAUUUGCUUUAAUAUUAACUCAAAUAGUGCCCAUGUUUGCAGUUCGAAUGGAAACUGCACUUAUCCAAAUACUUGUAGUUGUAAACCUAAUUAUUUCGGCUUGGAUUGUAAUGUUACUUCAUGUUUUGGAGUUAAUUCUAAUGAUACAAAAGUUUGUAAUGGGAAAGGGCAAUGCAAUAGCAAUGCCUCUUGCACGUGUGACACUGGAUAUUUUGGUUCAAACUGUAAUAUUACAACAUGUUUUGGUCGUACAAGUAUCUCUGUUGAUGUAUGCAGCGGCAAAGGUUCAUGCCUAGCUCUGAAUACUUGUUCUUGCCAAUCAAACUACAUGUUAUAG